GAAAGAAAAAGCUCGAAAACUGAUUAAAAAAAGCUACAGAAGAAGAAGGAAGAAGAGAGAGGCGGUACUGAUCCGCCAUUAAUGCUACCACUCGACGGGAACACCUUUCUCACUCUCUUUCUUGGUUGAGAAUUGAAACUUGAGAACUUAAAAAAAAAAAAAAGUGUGAUAUAUAGUUGAAGAUUUGCAUAAAAGCUUCUCCCUCUCUCUCUCUCUCUGAAUCACUCAGUCAUGGGGAUUUGUUUGAGUGCCCAGGUCAAAGCUGAGAGCCCAGGGGCGAGUCCCAAAGAUACUAAAAGUCUUGGGAGUAAGGGUUCAUCUGUGUCUGUAAGACCAAGCCCUAGAACCGAGGGUGAGAUCUUACAGUCUCCAAACCUCAAGAGUUUCAGCUUCUCAGAGCUUAAAUCCGCAACCAGGAAUUUCAGACCAGACAGUGUGCUUGGUGAAGGUGGAUUCGGUUGUGUUUUCAAAGGAUGGAUUGAUGAGAAGUCUCUCAGUGCCACAAGACCAGGAACCGGUUUGGUUAUUGCUGUCAAAAAACUUAACCAAGAUGGUUGGCAAGGUCACCAGGAGUGGCUGGCUGAAGUGAAUUAUCUUGGUCAGUUUUCUCAUGGACACCUUGUGAAGUUGAUUGGUUAUUGCCUAGAGGAUGAGCACCGUCUUCUUGUUUACGAGUUCAUGCCUCGUGGUAGCUUGGAGAAUCAUCUUUUCAGGAGGGGUUUGUAUUUCCAACCUCUAUCUUGGAAACUACGGUUGAAAGUUGCUCUUGGCGCUGCAAGGGGCCUUGCCUUUCUUCACAGCUCCGAGACAAGAGUGAUAUACCGUGACUUCAAGACUUCUAACAUCCUUCUUGAUUCGGACUACAACGCUAAGCUUUCUGAUUUUGGGUUGGCUAAGGAUGGACCAGUUGGUGAUAAAAGUCAUGUGUCUACUCGGGUCAUUGGUACUCACGGAUAUGCAGCUCCUGAAUACAUGGCAACUGGUCAUCUAACAACAAAGAGUGAUGUCUAUAGCUUCGGUGUUGUCCUUCUGGAGCUCUUGUCUGGUCGCCGAGCUGUGGACAAGAACCGACCAUCCGGAGAGAGGAACCUCGUAGAGUGGGCUAAACCAUACCUAGCAAACAAAAGAAAGAUAUUCAGAGUCAUCGACGCUCGUCUUCAAGACCAGUACUCAAUGGAAGAAGCGUGUAAAGUGGCAACUCUCUCUCUGAGAUGUCUCACCACAGAGAUCAAGCUUAGACCAAACAUGAGCGAGGUAGUUUCCCACCUUGAACACAUUCAGUCUUUGAACUCUGCUAGAGGAGGGAUUAUGGAUAGGACAGAGAGAAGAAUGCGUAGGAGAAGUGAUAGCGUUGUCAGCAAGAAACCUAAUGCCGGUUUUGCUCGACAGACCGCGGUGGGGAGUACAGUUGUUGCUUAUCGUCGCCCAUCAGCCUCGCCGCUCUAUGUCUGAAGGUGUAAACACGUCUUUGGUUAUGAAGUGCAUGUAAUCAUUUCCUGUUUAUGGAGUUUGAAUGUACAGUUUUGUCUUUCUUAUUGUAUGGAUUCAGUUCUAUACAGUUCAUCUUUCAUUACACGAAGACAAACAUAUUUAGUUUUGA